AUGCCGCUCAUCAACAACCCGUUACCGUCGUCUAUGCGGAGCGAAUGCAAGAAAUGCGGUCGUAUCCUCGCCUCCUUCAUCGAUCCUCGACAAGCUUUCGGCCCAGAUAAGAUUAUCCCACCCAACAUCCUCGCCAAUGCCAAAGGUCUUGCCAUUCUCACCGUCUUCAAGGCCGGCUUCCUCGGCAGUGGUCGAUUCGGGUCUGGCGUCGUUGUCGCAAGGCUGGCAGAUGGCUCAUGGAGUGCGCCUUCAGCUAUUGGAACUGUAGGAGGUGGCUUUGGAGGGCAGAUUGGUUUUGAGAUAACGGACUUCGUCUUCAUCCUAAAUGAUGCGAGCGCGGUCAAGACGUUCGCACAGGUGGGAAGCUUGACGCUGGGAGGCAAUGUCAGUAUUGCUGCGGGACCCGUGGGCAGGAACGCAGAGGCCGCUGGAGCAGCGUCAUUGAAGAGCAUCAGUGGUAUAUUUGCCUACAGUAAGACGAAGGGACUAUUCGCUGGUGUUUCGCUAGAGGGCAGUGUCCUCAUCGAGCGGAGAGACGCGAACGAGAAGAUGUACAACCGCAAGCUCACGGCCAGGGAACUGCUAGGUGGAAACGUCCCAGUCCCGCCACAAGCAGAGCCACUUAUGAGAGUGCUGAACUCGAGGGUCUUCGCUGGCGUGGGAGGAAGCUUCCAGGGCGAUAGUGCCAUGUACAACGAUGUACCCGUCUACGAUGACCGACACGAUGAUGUGGUGUGGCAAGGUCGGACAGGUACAGGCUUCAACGAGGGCAUUCCAUCACAACGGACAGGGAGCUUCCAACAGAACAACAAUGACGAGUUUUAUGGAAAGCCCAACAGAGCAUCGACCUGGCAGAGUCAAGAUCAAUAUGGACAAUCACCACGCGCCAAUCCGAAUGAGACUUUCGACCGCCGGACACAGUCACGAGAGCGCUCGUCAACGCUAGGCGAUCAAUCAGACUACUCCUAUAGUGACCGCAAAGGUCCUGCGCCCGGACGACCUUCAGCGCCUAAGCCUGCAUUCGGCGGCGCAAAAUCAUCGGCCGGCCCGGGACAGGCAGUCGCCAAGUUCACAUUCGAGGCUGAUCAGCCGGGCGAUCUUGGUUUCAAGAAGGGCGAUGUCAUCACAAUCGUGAAGAGGACCGAGAGCGAAGCAGACUGGUGGACAGGCAGGAUAGGAUCAAGGGAAGGGAUUUUCCCAAGCAAUUAUGUCGAAGUGGUUUAA